AUGUCUUAUAGUUCAUAAUAAUCUAUAAAAUUAGAAGAUUAUAGAGAGAUAGCUGUUGAUAUAUCAUAAAGUUUGAUUGCAGUUCGUUCGAUAAUAAGAGAGAUAUUAAGACGUUCUAGUGUGAUUUUAAUAGAAAAGCAUCUCGAAUAAUCAAUUCCCUUAAUAAUGCCAAAAUGGACAUUAUAAUAUUCAGAGGAUGUUGUAUCAUUAGGGAUUCAUGAACCUGAUGAAAUGAUGACAGAGAAAAUUAAUUAAGGUUUGGUUCUAGAGACAGAACCAGAAAUAAGAAUUCAAGAUUGUUGGAGAAGUUAUAUUGCAAAUAUAGAUCUCAGAUUUCAUUAAACAACACAUACUAGUCAUAGUGUAACAAAAUCUCAUUUCUCUUUUAAUCCAGUCUAUCAAAGAAGUUCUGUUACAAUAAAAAGAGCAUCAUAAAUCCUAAAAACUCAAUUCGAACCAUUUGAGCCAGAGUUUGUUAAUAUGUAUUAAAAAGUAGAGGAUGAUCCAUUUGAUUAAGGAUUGAGAUAAUAAUUGGAAAGAGAUUAAUUAUUGAGAUAAUAAAAAUGGUAGGCUGAACAAUAAAGGAUUGCAGAGAAGAAAGAAUAAUUGAGAUAGAUUAGAUUAUUAGCAAGUUCAUUUACAGGUGAUAAGAAAUAUACAUUUGAUUAUGAGGGGAAAUUUAUGCCAUAAAAUAUACCUUAGAUUGAAUAAUUGGCACCAAUUAGACCUAGAGUAAGUUCAAUGGUUUAGUUUUAAGAAAAGAAUAAAGUAAUUGAAUUUGGAAAGUCAUUUGCUCAUGUGAAAAUAGAAGGUGAUAAGCCUUUUUUGGGAAGUCAAAUGAAUUUUUAAUAGAAAUAAUAAUAGAAUGUAUUCGAUUAAAUUGAAGUAGCUAAAGGUGUUACUUUAACUGAAGGUUAAAAUUAAAAAUAAGGACCUUCAUUCUCGAAUAAUUAGAAUAUAUAAUUAUGGGAAGAGGGAUUAAAGUUAACUAAAAGUGAAUAUCAAUAAUAUGUAUAAGGAAUGUAAGGAUUAUAAGGAGGAGUGAAAUAAUAAAAGAAUAUAUAAGAUACAUCUAUUAAUGAUUUAGAACCAUCUCGAGUUAAUUUAAAUACAUCUAUAAUAAAUUCAACAACUGUAAAAGAGGGUUCAAUUAGAAUAGAUGGAAACAUUAGUGUAGAAGAAUUAUUAAUUACUGAAGAACCAACACCAAUUAAAAUUGAUGUUUAAUAACCAUUACCAAAGUUAUUAUUAAAAUAAAAAGAUCUCUCAUAACUAUUAACUCUUACUAAUGAAGCAUUGAAAUAAGGGAAACCAAAAUUACCAAAAGUGAUGAGUUCAUAACAUUCAUUACCAUAACUAACUAAAAAUCCUAGAGAUAGAGCAUUAAGUUAAUUAUAGAAAUUUAAAAUGAUUAUUAAGUAAUGA